AUGCUUUGUCAGUAUAAAAUACAGAGCUGUUUCCUGUUGGCUUUAUCUUUCUUCAUCAGUGAUGCCCAGAGCCAAGUGUCCCCACCAACAAGGCUAAGAUAUAAUGUAGUCAGUCCUGACAGUGUACAGAUCUCUUGGAAAGCCCCAAAAGGGCAGUUCACUGGAUAUAAGCUUCUUGUCACUCCAAGUUCAGGUGGAAAAACCAAUCAAUUAAUUCUUCAAAGCACUGCAACCAAAGCAAUUAUUCAAGGUCUUAUUCCAGAUCAAAACUAUGCUCUUCAGAUCAUUGCAUUCAAUGAAGAUAAGGAGAGUAAGCCAGCACAAGGCCAAUUCAGAAUUAAAGAUAUUGAGAGAAGAAAAGAAACAAGUAAAUCCAAGGUGAAGGAUCCAGAAAAAACAAAUACGAAUAAACCAGCUCCAGAAGGAAGCCUAUUUACCUGUAAAACUCCAGCAAUUGCAGAUAUUGUGAUACUGGUAGAUGGUUCUUGGAGUAUUGGCAGAUUCAAUUUCAGACUUGUUCGACUGUUCCUGGAAAAUCUGGUUUCUGCUUUCAAUGUGGGAUCUGAGAAAACAAGAGUAGGCCUGGCGCAGUACAGCGGCGACCCCCGCAUCGAGUGGCACUUGAAUGCCUACGGCACCAAAGAUGCCGUUUUGGAUGCAGUCCGGAACCUGCCCUAUAAGGGGGGGAACACCUUAACAGGUCUUGCCUUAACUUACAUUUUGGAAAACAGCUUUAGGCCUGAGGCAGGUGCAAGACCUGGAGUAUCUAAAAUUGGUAUACUGAUCACUGAUGGGAAAUCUCAAGAUGAUGUUAUCCCUCCUGCUAAAAACCUACGGGAUGCUGGCAUAGAGCUGUUUGCUAUUGGUGUAAAGAAUGCAGAUAUAAAUGAGCUCAAAGAGAUUGCCUCUGAACCUGACAGCACACAUGUCUACAACGUUGCUGACUUCAACUUCAUGCAUACCAUUGUUGAAGGUCUUACCAGAACAGUCUGCUCACGAGUAGAGGAACAGGAAAAGGAAAUCAAAGGAACAAUUGCUGCCUCACUUGGCACACCUUCGGAUUUGGUCACAUCUGAGGUAACAGCUAGAGGAUUCCGGGUUAGCUGGACCCAUGCACCAGGCAAAGUGGAAAAAUACAGGGUUGUGUAUUAUCCCACUCGAGGAGGACAACCAGAAGAGGUUGUGGUAGAUGGAAGCUUAUCAACAGCAGUUCUGAAAAACCUGAUGUCUUUAACUGAAUACCAGAUAGCUGUAUUUGCUAUAUACUCAAAUGCUGCUAGUGAGGGCCUCCGUGGAACUGAAACUACACUUGCCUUGCCAAUGGCAUCGGAUCUGCAGUUGUACGAUGUGUCCCAGAGCAGCAUGAGAGCAAAGUGGAAUGGAGUAGCUGGUGCCACAGGUUACAUGAUCCUGUAUGCUCCCCUCACAGAAGGACUGGCAGCAGAUGAGAAGGAGGUGAUGUAUUUGCCUCUAAGUCCACCAGCAAACUUGAAAUUUUCUGAUGUUGGACACAAUAGUGCUAAACUCACCUGGGAUCCUGCUUCCAAAAAUGUGAAUGGCUAUCGCAUCAUGUACGUUAAAACAGAUGGCACAGAAACCAAUGAGGUGGAAGUUGGUCGUGUUUCAACCCAUACUUUAAAAGGUUUGACAUCCCUUACAGAGUAUACUGUUGCUAUUUUCUCCCUGUUUGAUGAAGGACAAUCUGAGCCACUUACUGGCAGCUUUACCACAAAAAGAGCUCCAGCUCCCCAGCAUUUGGAAAUUGAUGAAGCAUCAACAGAUAGUUUUAGGGUCAGCUGGAAGCCCACAUCCUCAGAUAUUGCUUUUUACAGAUUGGCAUGGAUUCCUUUGGAUGGAGGGGAAGCUGAAGAGGUUGUCAUUAAUGGAGACACAGACAGUCAUGUUAUUGAGGGUUUAUUGCCCAACACGGAAUAUGAAGUUUCUUUGCUGGCAGUUUUUGAUGAUGAUAGUGAAAGUGAAGUUGUUGCUGUUCUUGGAGCUACAUUUGGAAGGACUACCACAAUACCUACCACGGUGACUACUACCAGUACCACAACUUCUAAGGCCACCACAGCAGUUUUUCGAACAGGAAUCAGAAACCUUGUUAUAGAUGAUGAAACAACCUCAAGUCUGAGGGUGACGUGGGACAUCUCAGACUACAACGUCCAGCAGUUCAGAGUGACCUAUCUCACUGCGAAAGGUGACCGUGCUGAGGAAGCGGUAAUGGUGCCUGGGAGGCAAAACACUCUUCUGCUUCAGCCUCUGCUGUCUGAUACAGAAUACAAAGUUACCAUCACUCCCAUCUAUGCUGAUGGGGAAGGAGUCAGUGUUUCAGCUCCUGGCAAAACUUUACCCCUCUCUGCUCCUAGAAAUUUACGUGUGUCAGACGAAUGGUACAACAGACUGCGCAUCAGUUGGGACGCCCCACCAUCACCCACCAUGGGUUACAGAAUUGUCUACAAACCUGUCAAUGUUCCUGGUCCUGCGUUGGAGACCUUUGUAGGGGAUGAUAUUAAUACCAUUCUUAUGCUAAACCUCUUCAGUGGGACAGAAUACAGCGUUAAAGUAUUUGCUUCAUACUCAACAGGCUUCAGUGAUGCCCUAACAGGCGUAGCCAAAACCUUGUACUUGGGUGUGACAAAUUUGGAUUCCUACCAAGUUCGCAUGACAAGCCUCUGUGCUCAGUGGCAGCUUCACAGACAUGCUACUGCAUACAGGGUGGUUAUAGAGUCACUCGUGGAUGGGAAAAAGCAAGAAGUAAAUCUUGGUGGAGGGACACCUAGACAUUGUUUCUUUGAGCUGAUGCCUGGAACUCAAUAUAAAAUCAGUGUUCAUACACAGCUUCAGGAGAUAGAGGGCCCUGCUGUAAGCAUCAUGGAGACAACAUUACCAUUUCCAACUCAAGCUCCAACAACACCUUCAACACCACCUCUACCACCUACAAUCCCUCCUGCAAAAGAAGUGUGCAAAGCAGCCAAAGCUGACCUAGCAUUCCUGGUGGAUGGGUCAUGGAGUAUUGGAGAUGACAAUUUCAAUAAAAUAAUUAGCUUUCUUUAUAGCACUGUUGGAGCUUUGGAUAAGAUUGGUCCUGAUGGAACUCAGGUGGCAAUAAUUCAGUUCAGUGAUGAUCCCAGGACAGAAUUUAAAUUAAAUGCAUACAAAACAAAAGAGACUCUCCUUGAAGCUAUUCAGCAAAUAGCCUACAAAGGAGGAAAUACAAAAACAGGCAAAGCCAUUAAACAUGCAAAAGAAGCCUUGUUUACUGGAGAGGCAGGCAUGAGAAGGGGCAUUCCAAAGGUUUUGGUUGUCAUUACUGAUGGGCGUUCACAGGAUGAUGUGAACAAAGUCUCCAGAGAAAUGCAAUUAGAUGGUUUCAGCUUUUUUGCUAUUGGAGUAGCUGAUGCUGACUAUUCAGAGUUAGUUAAUAUUGGCAGCAAGCCCAGUGAAAGACAUGUCUUCUUUGUGGAUGACUUUGAUGCCUUUACAAAGAUUGAAGAUGAGCUGAUCACUUUUGUUUGUGAAACUGCAUCAGCAACCUGCCCAUUGGUAAUUAAAGAUGGCAACAAUUUUGCAGGAUUUAAAAUGAUGGAAAUGUUUGGUUUGGUCGAAAAGGAGUUUUCAGCUGUGGAAGGGGUUUCAAUGGAACCUGGUACAUUUAAUGUUUACCCCUGUUACAGACUGCACAAGGAUGCCCUGGUGUCCCAGCCUACCAAGUAUUUGCAUCCUGAAGGACUCCCUUCUGAUUACACCAUUACAUUUCUGUUUCGUAUACUCCCUGAUACACCUGAAGAACCGUUUGCUCUUUGGGAGAUUUUAAAUGAAGCAUAUGAACCACUGGUUGGAGUUAUUUUAGAUAAUGGUGGUAAAACUCUGACUUUCUUUAACUACGACUACAAAGGAGAUUUUCAGACCGUGACUUUUGAAGGUCCUGAAAUAAGGAAGAUAUUUUAUGGGAGUUUUCAUAAGUUGCAUGUUGUUAUCAGCAAGACUACAGCCAAAAUAAUUAUUGACUGCAAGCAAGUGGGUGAGAAGACCAUUAAUGCAGCAGGAAAUAUUAGUUCUGAUGGCAUAGAAGUGCUGGGGAGAAUGGUCAGAUCCAGAGGACCAAGAGACAACUCUGCACCUUUGCAGUUACAGAUGUUUGACAUUGUUUGUGCUACCUCAUGGGCCAAUCGGGACAAAUGCUGUGAGCUUCCUGGCUUGAGAGAUGAGGAAAACUGCCCCGCCCUUCCUCAUGCUUGUUCCUGUUCUGAAGCUAAUAAGGGUCCCCUUGGACCUCCUGGACCACCGGGUGGUCCAGGUGUCAGAGGUGCCAAAGGUCAUCGUGGUGAUCCAGGUCCAAAGGGACCAGAUGGACCUCGAGGUGAAAUCGGUGUUCCUGGACCACAAGGACCUCCAGGACCACAAGGACCCAGUGGACUUUCUAUUCAAGGGCUUCCAGGGCCACCAGGUGAAAAGGGAGAAAAGGGAGAUCUUGGUUUUCCUGGCCUGCAGGGUGUCCCAGGAGCAUCAGGUUCACCUGGAAGAGAUGGAGCUCAAGGUCAAAGGGGCCUUCCUGGCAAAGAUGGACCCACAGGCCCACAAGGACCUCCUGGCCCAGUGGGCAUACCUGGUGCUCCAGGUGUUCCAGGUGUUACUGGAAGCCAGGGUCCACAAGGUGACGUUGGAGCUCCUGGUCCUCCUGGAGCUAAGGGCGAAAGGGGUGAGCGGGGUGAUCUCCAGUCCCAAGCAAUGGUACGUGCUGUUGCUCGGCAAGUGUGUGAACAACUCAUCCAGGGUCAUAUGGCAAGAUACAACUCAAUUCUGAACCAGAUUCCAAGCCAGUCUGUCUCAACACGAACCAUCGCAGGACCUCCUGGUGAGCCAGGGAGGCCAGGGUCUCCAGGGCCACAGGGUGAACAAGGAUCACCAGGCAUGCAAGGAUUUCCAGGAAGUCCUGGUCAACCAGGAAGACCAGGAGAAAGAGGUUUACCAGGCGAGAAAGGAGAAAAAGGCAGCCCAGGUGUUGGAACUCAAGGACCCCGAGGCCCACCAGGAUCUACAGGACCUCCAGGAGAAAGUCGAACUGGCAGCCCAGGACCACCAGGAUCUCCUGGCCCACGGGGUCCUGCUGGCCACACGGGACCCCCAGGCUCCCAGGGUUCUUCUGGCCCACCAGGGUACUGUGAUCCCUCCUCCUGCGCUGGUUACGGCAUGGGAGGUGGAUACGGUGAGCCAACUGAUCAAGACAUCCCAGUAGUGCAGUUGCCACAUAACUCCUACCAAAUCUAUGACCCCGAGGACCUUUAUGAUGGUGAGCAACAGCCGUACGCAGUUCACGGGUCAUACCCCUUACCAUCCCCAUACUCCCAGUCCUCCUAUCCAUCACCUCAUCUUGCUCAACCAGAGUUCACUCCUGUUCGAGAAGAGAUGGAAGCCGUUGAACUGAGAUCCCCAGGAAUUAGUCGCUUCCCAAGGAAUGUAGCCAAAAGGAGCCUCAAGACUCCAGUACGCAAAAGGGCGAAUGGGAAAAAACCUUCUCAAUGA